AUGAAUAUGUUAAAAAAACUCUCACAUCUAGCUGUUUUAGCAUUGAUUUGUAUGAUCUUUGCUACAUUAGCCCAAACCUCUCCAAUUAAAAGAGAAGAUGAACCAAAUUUUAGUCAUGCGGAGGUUUCUUCUGAUGAACUAACUAGCUCGUUUGUAUGGUUCAAUGGUUCAAUCUUAACCAACUUAAUUUUUAUGAAUGUGAUGCAGCACUUCCUUACCGAUAAAGGAUUAGGUGAUUAUGAAUACCAAAUUCAAGAUCGUAAUGGUAAUAUGGUAUACAAUCUUACAGACGAUAUUGUAACCAAAUCCUUAAGUAAAAAUGACUACUCAUUUCUUAAUGAAGAAUUCUUUGACAUUUCAUCGCCCUUAGAACUUGAAGGUAUGACCGUGCUCAUUCAACGUGAUGGAAAUGAAAUUGGAAGGUCAAAAAUCGAAUAA